AUGACCUCUCUGUUCCGACCCUACACGAGUCAAGUAAACGCAUCUGUGGUCCGGGGUAGUAAAAUGCAACUGGACCAAGCCAUUCCUUCAAGGUGGGGACAGGAACUAGCCUGUGUGCCGCUUGGCUUGGCUUGGGAAGCCCUCCAGAAUCGUUGGAAAACACGACAGGACUGGUCCCGUCGUGCAUUUACGCACCGACAUAGCUACACGUCCCUUGACUUCGUCGGGGGUAUCCAGACGGCUACAUCUCAUAGUGCAGCCCAUGGUAGAAAAAUUCUGUGUGGUGGCAAUUUCGACGUAGCCCACGCUCGGAAAGAGGAUGAUGCCGACCGGAGCUUUGAUUCAAACAUAGCACUGUUGGAUACUCUCGUACCUCUAACAGCCUCUGUUCUAAAACUAGAGCACAAGAAUAAUGAUGAAGUUGCAAAUGCGCUGUGCGCGAUGGUCCCGGUAGCCCCUAAUGAAGUGAGUCGACCGAUGAAGAGUCCCGAGUGA